UAGAGAGCAGGCGGGCGGGCGAGUGCGCCGGGUAUUGGCAGCUGAGGAGUGGAGGCUGGGCGGCUCCGACUCCCUGACGCCAGCGCGACCAGAUCAAUCCAGGCUCCGGGAGCGAGCGAGCGAGUGUGCGAGCGGGCGGGCGGGAGGAGGAAGGAGAGGCCGAGCCGCUGAGCCCGGGCCGAGGCGCGGGGAGGGACCCUGCGAGCGCAGCGCCCGGCCGGCCUGACCGGGGCCGCGGGGGACCCCGCUCGCCCGGCCAACGCGUGCGCCCGCGUGGACAGGCGCGCAGCCAACCCGUGUUCGUGUUUGUGUGCUCAGGACUUCUAUUCAGUUUGUUCAAGCUCGAGAGAACGUCUGAUUGGUUUCAAAUGGCCUUCUGUUAAACUGUGCUGACUUUGGGUUACUUUUGGAAACACUAGGAAUGGUGAUUUCUACUUUUCAGGACCUCAGCACGAAGAAGCUAAGGAGAAUCCUAUGUAAAUAAAGUGAAACCUCUUCUGCUGUCCUUUCACAUUUGGGGACGUCUUUCUUUCUCCAUCCACAAGGAGUGUACGUGGUGCCAUCAUGAACGUGACAAGUUUGUUUUCCUUCACAAGUCCAGCUGUGAAGAGACUUCUUGGGUGGAAACAGGGUGAUGAAGAAGAAAAAUGGGCAGAGAAAGCUGUUGACGCUUUGGUGAAAAAACUGAAGAAAAAGAAAGGUGCCAUGGAGGAACUGGAAAAGGCCUUGAGCUGUCCGGGGCAGCCCAGUAACUGUGUCACCAUACCCCGCUCCCUGGACGGCAGGCUGCAAGUUUCCCACCGGAAGGGGCUGCCUCACGUCAUUUACUGCCGUGUGUGGCGCUGGCCCGACCUUCAGAGCCACCAUGAACUAAAACCACUGGAAUGCUGUGAGUUUCCUUUUGGUUCCAAGCAGAAGGAGGUGUGCAUCAAUCCCUACCACUAUAAGCGAGUAGAAAGCCCUGUUCUUCCUCCAGUACUGGUUCCAAGACACAGUGAAUAUAAUCCUCAGCACAGCCUCUUAGCUCAGUUCCGGAACUUAGGACAAAAUGAGCCUCACAUGCCACUCAACGCCACUUUCCCGGAUUCUUUCCAGCAACCCAGCAGCCAUCCGUUUCCUCAUUCUCCCAAUAGCAGUUACCCAAACUCUCCUGGGAGCAGCAGUAGCACCUACCCUCACUCUCCGACCAGCUCGGACCCAGGAAGCCCCUUUCAGAUGCCAGCCGAUACGCCUCCACCUGCUUAUCUGCCUCCUGAAGACCCCAUGACCCAGGAUGGCUCUCAGCCCAUGGACACAAAUAUGAUGGCGCCUUCACUGCCCCCAGAAAUCAACAGAGGAGAUGUUCAAGCAGUUGCUUACGAGGAACCAAAACACUGGUGCUCUAUUGUCUACUACGAGCUCAAUAAUCGUGUGGGCGAAGCUUUCCAUGCCUCCUCCACGAGCGUGCUGGUGGACGGUUUCACCGAUCCUUCCAACAACAAGAACCGUUUCUGCCUUGGGCUGCUCUCCAAUGUCAACCGGAAUUCCACGAUCGAAAACACUAGGCGACAUAUCGGGAAAGGAGUUCAUCUUUAUUAUGUCGGAGGCGAGGUAUAUGCCGAAUGCCUCAGUGACAGCAGUAUCUUUGUGCAAAGUCGGAACUGCAACUACCAUCACGGAUUUCAUCCCACUACUGUUUGCAAGAUCCCUAGUGGGUGUAGUUUGAAAAUUUUUAACAACCAAGAAUUUGCUCAGUUACUGGCACAGUCUGUGAACCAUGGCUUCGAGACAGUCUAUGAGCUCACAAAAAUGUGUACUAUUCGCAUGAGCUUUGUGAAGGGUUGGGGAGCAGAAUAUCACCGCCAAGAUGUUACUAGCACCCCCUGCUGGAUUGAGAUCCAUCUGCAUGGCCCCCUCCAGUGGCUGGAUAAAGUUCUUACCCAGAUGGGUUCACCUCAUAAUCCUAUUUCAUCUGUGUCUUAAAACGGCCUCGGGCUUCUGCCUCUUGAAAACUAUUGAGCCUUGCAUGUACUUGAAGGAUGGAUGAGUCAGACACCAUCUGAACUGACAAAGGAGCCUUGAUAAUACUUGACCUCUGUGACCAACUGUUGGAUUCAGAAAUUUAAAAACCUGGGUAACAUACUGUUGAUAUCAAGAACCUGUUUAGUUUACAUUGUAACAUUCUAUUGUAAAAUCAACUAAAAUGCAUACUUUUAGCAGGACUUCGUGUAUAGUUAAAGGAGAGGUGGCCAAGCCAGGGACAAAUCAUCUAUUGGAAAAACAGUCCUAAGAGAGAUUCUGUUGUGUUUGGCACUUUAAGGUCAUCGUUUGGCAGAAGCUGAGCAUUAAUAGUCUUUCUGACGUGUGUUUUUAUCAGGUUUAGAGCCCAUGUGGAGUCUUCUUGCAUGGGUUUUCAUAAUAUUUUAAAACUAUUUGUUUAGUAAUGGUUUUUGUUUGUUCGUUUUUUUUAAGUAAAGGUUAAUCUUGGUGAUAUACAUAGUAAUCUUUCUAAAAUUGUAUGCUGACCAUAAUGCUGUCAGAAUAAUGUUAGGCAUAUGCUCUUUGCUAAAUAUAUAUGUACAGAAUAUUUGGAAGUUAAGAAUUGAUUAGACUAGUGGAUUUAGGAGUAUUGGAGGGGGUGGGGGGGAGAGGGAAAUGACAAAUGUAGAAUAUACUGUAAAAAUUCAGUUUGUUGCUUUAAAGAAACAAACUGAUGUCUGAAUUUUGCUGUGUUUCAAUUUUUUAGAGAUUUUAUCCUACCUUUUUUUUUUUUUUUCCAUCUUCUAUCCCAUCCUCUCCAAAAAACAGUUAUGCAGCUGGUUAAUUCAUAUAACUGUGAGAGCAAAUGAAUAAUUCCUGCUAUUCUGAAAUUGACUGCCUGUAUGUUUCAGUACCAGUUGUAUGGAGUGCUUGAAUUUAAUAAGGAGUUUUUAUGGAGUUUACAGUACAGAAAUAGGCUUUAAUUUUCAGGUGAAUUGUUUGCCAAACCUAGUAACUCUGUUAAAUAUUUGGAGGAUUUAAGGAACAUCUCAGUUUAAAUCCAUUUCAAACUUAAGUUUUUUUGUACUAUGUUUGGUUUUAUUUUUCUUCUGCUAAUCUUUUAUAUUCACUUACGCUCUCGUACAUUGAGUACUUUUAUUCCAAAACUAGUGGGUUUUCUCUACUGGAAAUUUUAAAUAAA